AUGAAAUAUCAAGCUAAUCAGCUCAUAGGAACGAGUUUCUAUAAUUAUUUACACCCCGCGGAAACUGCCCAAGCAAAGGAGGAUAUAUCAUCGAUAAUAGAGUCAGAGGAUAUCCACGGUUCAAUUAUCAGAGUUCGAUUCGUUAGAUUACCUUACAUUAGAGUUCAACUGGGUUCAACUUCACCUGUACCUUCUCACGUUUCAGCAAUGUGUGCCGAUCCUUCGGAUAGUACUUAUUUACCAAUCGACAUCGUUAUUAGCUCUAUACACGCGGGAUUAUACUUAUGUUUCUUUCACGCUGUUAUUGAUAAAAAUCCCCUCUUGAAUAAUGAUCAAGGUACAGUUUGGACUAAUUGGUGCCACACUCCAGUUUUCAACGAGAAUCAUGUCGAAAUUCUCAAGCAGUCAGUAUUAAACUGGUCAAGAAACCACCCACCCCCGUUGCAAAAGUUCAUGAUUCCAACACGUAUUUUUCAGAUACUCAGGCAGACGACACAAGAGAAUACAAAGUUGGGAUUAAAUCAAAUAAUUUACUCUUGGCCGCCAUCUACUGGUAGCACAGGUGAGGGUCCUUAUGAAGAAUCAUCAUUUGCUUCACUUAUGAGUGAAAUAUCAAUAAACCCACAUACGGCGAAUCAGUUAAGUGGUGCAGGUACAUCUUGUACUAGAAGAUUCAAAGCUAAACAUCAAACAAGGUGUAAUGAUAACCUAUAUGCCGUUCAAUCAAUGUUCGUACCAUACGGUGAAAUUAUAUUCGCAUGUUUCAUGAUAGAAUAUGAAUACCCAAUACAAUCAAGUAGACCUUUAUAUCCUACAGCAUCAGCAUCAGCAGAUAACAGUCAAGAGACUACGACACUUUUUGAUAGCACGUACGAUGAUAAUUCGAUUGGACUUAGUCAGAGAUAUUAUCAGCAAUCUUCACCAUUAAUGCAAAAUGAAUGGUCAGGCUAUUUAACAGCUCCAGCGACUGUUACCACUCAGGUACCAGUUAAAGAUGAGUUUGCACAGACUCAUCAACAAUUACCUCCUGCAUCCUCGCAAGUGCAAGUUAAGGAUGAAUUCGCACAGCAGUUACCGGAAGCACCUGGUGUCACUCUGGAAGAUGACUUUGUAGGAGCACCGUUGGUUGCAUCUAGUCAAAAGGACGAAAAGCAGCUUUCUAAUAAGAAAAUUAAAACCAAUUCAGAUAACCUCGCUUGCUCAAGUUGUGGUACUGAUAAGAGUCCUGAAUGGCGUAGAGGACCAUCUGGUAAGAAGGAUCUCUGUAAUGCUUGUGGAUUAAGAUACGCACGUGCUAUGAGUAAAUCUGAUAGUUCGUCAAAGCGAAGAAAGAGUGAUACGAAGAAUCCACCGAAGAAGAAGAAACCAAGUACUUCACCUAAUCCUCCACCUAAUAACAAUUUAGUGACAGAGAAUUCACUUGGAUAUCCACUCAGCCUUACUCCAUCCACCUUACCAAAACAAAAUUACGUACCUGCAAAGCAUAGUGAUAUACCAUUCAAUUUUGAUGGUUAUUUUGCCAAACCACCACAAUUUAAAACUUCACCUGUUUUAGGUAGUGGUUAUGAAGAUAGUGUUAGACUGUAUAACCAACCCCAACAUAAUCCUUUAACACAUCAAUUACCGCCGCAGCAACGACAUCUCAAUUAUAUUGGCGAUUCGAUUUAUUCUUCUCAUUCAACUAGUAACAACGCAGAUCAAUUUCAAUUUCAUAAUAAUAAUGUCAAUAAUUCAAGUAACGUUCAUCAAUCAACGACUACUUUCAUUCCAUGA